AUGGAGGAGGUGUAUAUGAAGGUCCCUCAAGGUAUGGUUGUCACUUCUUCUGAUUUGGUUUGCAAGUUAAACAAAUCUUUGUAUGGUCUAAAACAGGCAUCUAGACAAUGGUAUGCCAAACUAUCUGAUGCUUUACAUUCCAAAGGUUUUCAACAUUCUAAGAAUGAUUAUUCUCUAUUUUUUAAACACACAACUGCUGGUUCUGUGUAUUUGGGGGUCUAUGUAGAUGAUAUUGCGUUAACUGGUAAUGAUAUAGAAGGCAUUCUUUAUCUUAAACAGUUUCUGGAUGCUCAAUUCAAAAUCAAGGAUUUAGGUUCUUUACAUUACUUUCUUGGUCUGGAGGUUAUGUAUGUGUCUGAUGGUAUUUUGGUAAAUCAAAGGAAGUUUGCUCUCGAAUUGGUUGAGGAAUUUGGGUGCACUGAUUCCAAGCCAACCUCCAGUCCUCCUCCUUUGGGUCUGAAAUUGUCUUCUGAUACUCCCAGGAAGCCCCAUUUGGAUGCUGGUUUACAUACUGUGUGCUACAUCAGAGGAUUGCCUGGUUUGGGACUUCAUUUCUCUUCUCAUUCCUCUUUUUCUAUGGCUGCAUUUUGUGAUUCGGAUUGGGCUUCUUGCCCUGAUUCCAGGCGGUCUGUUAGUGGUUUUUUUGUUACAUUAGGGUCCUGUCCUAUAUAUUGGAAGUCGAAAAAGCAGACUACUGUUUCUUUAUCAUCUGCGGAGGCUGAGUAA